AUGUACAAGGCUGUCAUCCUGCCGACGCUACUGUAUGGAGCGGAGACUUGGACGGUGUACGCAAAGCAGGCACGUAGUCUGAACCACUUCCACCUCAGUUGUCUUCGUCGCAUCCUGAGGCUGAACUGGCAGGAUCGAAUCCCCGACACUGAUGUGCUGGAACGGACGGGAAUCCUCAGCAUCUACGCCAUACUGAGGCAAAUUCAGCUGCGCUGGAGCGGCCACCUGCUGCGUACGGACAACGAGCGACUACCCAAACGACUCUUUUACGGAGACGUCGCGACGGGUUCUCGUCGUCAAGGAGGCCAGAUUCGUCGUUACAAGGAUACCCUGAAGUCCUCCCUGAAGCGUCUGCAAAUCAACCCGACCAGCUGGGAAGAGCUUGCACUCGAUCGACCGACCUGGAGGAAGACAGUGAAGACAGGCGCUGCGAUCUUCGAAGCCAACCGCAUCGCUGUCGCCAAGGCGAAACAUGAAGCCCGCAAAUCCCAACUUCGCCCAGUACGCAACGCCGCCGCACAAUCGCUUCCAACGUGUCCUCGAUGUCAACGAACAUUCCGGGAUCGAAUCGGACUUGUUGGACAUCUUCGGAUUAACUGCGCCUCUCGAACGGCACCAACCAUCGUCCCCCUGCCUGUCUCUUCCUCCUCCUCUCCGCCGCCAACUAACUCCGACAAUUCUUCUGACCCACCACUUCCAUCAUCAUCCUUCUCCUCCUCCUCCUCCUCCUCCUCCUCCUCCUCCUCCUCGCCCACUGCUCCAACGGCGGCCGCUCAGGCGACUGUCCCCCGCACAGCAACCGACACUAUCACCACCUCCCCCGACUCCAGGGAUGAGGAUCAGGACUACACCUCACUGCGACCGUACCUUCACCUUACACACCGGCCUGGUCGGUCACUUGCGAAUCCAUCG